UGGAAAGCGGAAUGCUCUACCUAACUCUAUGAGUGCCUUCGUCAUUUAUUUCUAAAGAGGUUCCCGCAUCCGGUAGACGCACCGACUCCGAGUUCUUCUGGUUGAACCAUUGUUCAGUCCGCUUUUUCAUUGUUUUCUGCACUGGGUGUGGAAAUUUCGGAUUGCUUAGAAAAGCCAGAAUAGCGCGGAGAUCAUAACCACUGCGAACUCUUGUCCACGAUCGUCAACUUAAAAGGACAAUGAGAAAAGCUAUGAUAAUGCAGUAAUAACACCUCCUUACUCUCCAUCCCAUUCCAUUCCAUUCAACAUGAUUUUCAAGUGCAUUUCAGUCAUUGCUUUGCUGGCCACAGCUUUGGCUACUCCGCUGCAAAAGAGGACUUACAAAGGAGAAGUCACCUACUACCAUCCUGAAGUUGAUCUUGGCAGUUGUGGCAAAUUCAAUGAUGGCGACGCCAUGAUCGUUGCUAUCAACGCCCCCCAAAUGAAAAAUGGAGGUAACCCCAACAACAACCCCAAGUGUGGUCGCAAAAUUAGAGCUUAUGGUCCUAAGGGUCACGUUGAUGUCAAGGUGGUGGAUACUUGCGCUCCAUGCAAGUACGGAGAUAUUGAUUUAUCCCCUACCGCCUUCAACAAAAUCGCCGAUAAGGAGGAUGGCCGUCUCCCAGUCAAAUGGCAUUGGCUUUGAAGCUGGACUUCUUAUCUAUCCUUGACUAUACAUCUUUUCGAAAGAUAUAUGCAU